GCUCCGCGCCGGGCGGGGCGGGAGGAGCGGGGCGGGGACACGCACACACACACACACACAGACCCGCACACCGGCCCGCUGGGCCCGGCCCGGUGCUGCCCGGCCCGCUGCGGCUCGCCUCGGUUCAGCUCGGCCCGGCUCGGCUCGGUUCGCAACGCCCGUUGUAAGCCGGGAGCAGCAGCGCGGGACGGACGGAAAACAUCGGCAGGCUCCCAUCCUGAGCCCGCGGUGGGGUCCGGAGCGGCGAGAGGGAUCCUGGGCCUGAGCGAGUGCCAAAGAUGUUCCCCCAGAACCGUCCCUCGGCCCAUCUCCAGGCACCCUCUGCUGCCUCAGGAGCCACUGUCACUGCUGGUGCCAUCCCCAGCACCCCCCAGUCCCUCAAACUGACUUACCCAGAGACCUUGGACCGCAUCAAGGAGGAGUUCCAGUUCUUGCAGAACCAAUACCACAGCUUGAAGUUAGAAUGUGAAAAGCUGGCAACAGAAAAAACAGAAAUCCAGCGUCAUUAUGUGAUGUACUAUGAGAUGUCCUAUGGCCUGAACAUCGAGAUGCACAAACAGACAGAGAUUGCCAAGCGGCUCAACGUGAUCUGUGCCCAGCUCAUCCCCUUCCUGUCUCAGGAGCACCAGCAGCAAGUGGUCCAGGCCGUGGAGCGUGCGAAGCAGGUGACUAUGACCGACCUGAACGCGGCGAUCGGGCACCAGCUCCAGACCCAGCACCUCUCCCACCACGCUCCUCCCAUCCCACUGAACCCCCAUCCAUCUGGGAUGCAGCACACCAGCCUGGCUGGCAUCAGCAGUGCCUCAGGGCUGCUGGCACUUUCGGGGGCACUGGGUGCCCAGGCCCAGCUCCUCGCCAAAGAUGACCGAGGGGUCCACGACACCGAGCCCAGAGAGCGAGACCCCGGCCCUAGCUCCCUGGCACUGCCCAACGGGGAGAGGGCACGAGCCAUCUCUGAGUACCUGAGCAGCAGCAAGAAGAGGAAGGUGGAGGAGAAGGAUUUCGUUACGGACUACGGCAGCGACGCAGACAAAAGCGAAGACAACUUGGUGGUGGAUGAGGACCCUUCUUCACCUCACAGUGUCCAUUCCUACUCAUCCCGGGAGAAUGGGGUGGAGAAGGUCCCUCUGGGGAGGAAGGAGGCCGUAUCCCUCAGCCCAACCUCCAUGCCCUCCUCCAGCAGCACGUCUCCAUCUCAGAGCAAGGAUGUGCCCACGGUGGAGAAGGCAGGGACACCCAGCCUCAAGUCCAGCACUCCCACAUCCCAGGGUGAUGCCCCAGCCCCAGGCUCCAGCGGUGCCCAGCAGUUCCGCCCUGCCAAGGCUCCCGUGGACCCGCUGGCCCUGGGCCUGAGGAACCCCCUGGGAGUGCAGAGCCCUUACUCAGCUGCCUUCAGCAUGGCCCAUUCCACGGUGAACGGGGACAUGGCCGGGAGCGGGGCCUACGCCGGCCUCCACCUCGUGUCGCCGCAGCUCAAUGGGGCCGCCGUGGGAGCCGCCGCCUACGGCCGCUCCCCUCUGGUUGGCUACGACCCACACCCCCACAUGCGCGUGCCAGGGCUGGCGGCCGGCGUGCAAGUGGGGACGACGGGGAAGCCUGCCUACUCCUUCCACGUCAGCGCUGAUGGGCAGAUGCAGCCGGUGCCUUUCCCACCCGACGCCCUGCUGGGCUCCGGCAUCCCCCGGCACGCUCGGCAGCUCCACAGCCUGAGCCACGGGGAGGUGGUUUGUGCUGUCACCAUCAGCAACUCCACCAGACACGUCUACACAGGGGGAAAAGGCUGUGUGAAGGUGUGGGAUGUGGGGCAACCAGGGACCAAGACUGCUGUGGCUCAGCUGGAUUGUUUGAACCGUGACAACUACAUUCGCUCCUGCAAGCUGCUCCCUGAUGGCAGGAGCCUGAUUGUGGGAGGGGAGGCCAGCACCCUGUCCAUCUGGGACCUGGCAGCCCCUACCCCACGCAUCAAGGCUGAGCUGACCUCCUCUGCCCCUGCCUGCUACGCCCUGGCCAUCAGCCCUGAUGCCAAAGUCUGCUUCUCCUGCUGCAGCGAUGGCAACAUCGUGGUGUGGGACCUGCAGAACCAGACCCUGGUGAGGCAGUUUCAAGGCCACACAGAUGGUGCCAGCUGCAUUGACAUCUCUAACGAUGGCACCAAGCUGUGGACAGGAGGCUUGGACAACACCGUGCGCUGCUGGGACCUGCGCGAGGGCCGACAGCUGCAGCAGCACGACUUCAGCUCCCAGAUCUUCUCCCUGGGUUACUGCCCAACAGGAGAGUGGCUGGCAGUGGGUAUGGAGAGCAGUAACGUGGAGAUCCUGCACGUCACCAAACCUGACAAGUACCAGCUGCACCUCCACGAGAGCUGUGUCCUCUCCCUCAAAUUUGCCUCCUGUGGGAAGUGGUUUGUGAGCACGGGGAAGGACAACCUGCUGAACGCCUGGCGCACGCCCUACGGAGCCAGCAUCUUCCAGUCCAAGGAAACCUCCUCUGUCCUCAGCUGCGACGUCUCCACCGAUGACCAGUUCAUUGUGACUGGCUCAGGGGACAAGAAAGCCACAGUGUACGAGGUCAUUUACUGAGAAGGGAGUGAGCUGCCAACUGUGGGAAGGGCACAAGACCCCAGGGCCAGGAGGAUGGAUGUCCCUGCCCUGCUGCUGACUUCCUAAAGAACCUCCAACCCGUGGCCCAAGGGGCAUCUGCUCAGGAGGAGCGUGGCAAAGGGGCUGGAGGUGGCCCUGAGGCCAUGAGCCCAGUGUCAGGCCAGGCUGGGAGCUGGUGGCUGCUGCUCCCCCUCAAUCCCAUGGGGACUUUCUCCUUGCUUUGGUCUUUAUUUUGGCAGUUGGUUUCUAAAAUCAUGGACU